GUAUAGUUGUCGGUUGAUAACAGUAUCGACAAUAACAACAUCGUGCCGAUAACGCGCCGACGAUUUUCGUUUCGUUUCGUCUAAAUAUUGUGCGACGACGAAUUUCGGUAUCGCGCUCGCAUUCCUUGCUACGAUGUUUGCGAAAUCGUUUUGCACGUCGAACGUGUCGUGGUGCCGGAGGAUUUAUCUGUACAAUCGAUUUUUCAGGGUCGACGAGAGGGUCGCGGCGAAACGGUCGUAUUGCACCGUUGAAAAACCUACGUGCAACGUCGGUGAGUUCCGAAAAAUGACCCGGUACAGCCCUAACGGUGUAAGUAUAAAUGGUCCGCAAUAAUGAUGCGUUUAAUAUUGCGCAGGUACAAUUGGACACGUGGACCACGGCAAGACAACGCUGACGGCGGCCAUCACGAAGGUGCUGGAAAAGGACGGCCUGUCGCGGUUCGUGAAGUACGACGAGAUCGACAAAGCCCCCGAGGAGAAGGCCCGGGGCAUCACGAUUAACAUAGCGCACGUCGGAUACGAAACGGUCGCGCGGAAGUACGCGCACGUCGAUUGUCCGGGGCACGCGGACUUCGUGAAAAACAUGAUCGUCGGGGCGUCGCAGAUGGACGGCGCCAUACUGGUGGUGGCCGCCACGGACGGUUCGAUGCCGCAGACCCGCGAACACCUGCUGUUGAUCAAACAAGCGAGUACUUACCUAUAUAGUUGAAUUGUUAUUUUGUUAAAAAAAAAAAAAAAACAAAUCCCCGCCGGUCACGUUGACACGCGUACUUACCCGACUGUCGUCCCGCCUACAGGUCGGCGUCCAGCACAUCGUGGUGUUCAUCAAUAAGGCCGACGUGGUGGACAACGAUGUCAUCGAACUCGUCGAGCUCGAGAUACGCGAGUUGCUGACGGAUUUCGGUUUCAGCGGCCACGAGAUCCCGUGCGUCGUCGGUUCGGCCCUGCUCGCGCUGAAAGGAGACACGUCCGCGUACGGCGAACAGGCCGUACGUAAGCUUUUAGACGCCGUGGACGACUCCAUACCUACUCCGCUGCGAGACACCACUUCGCCGUUUUUGUUGCCCAUCGACAAUUGUUUGCUUGUGCCCGGCCGAGGCACAGUCGUGAUUGGCACGUUGAAAAGGGGAACGGUGUGUCGAAAUGAUAAAGUCGAAUUGUUGGGGUUCGACGAAAAAAUCGAGACGAGCGUUAGCGAUAUUCAGGUGUUCAAACAAUCCGUGCCCAGCGCAAAAGCCGGAGAAAAUGUCGGCAUACUAAUUAGGGGCAUAAAGUCCAAAGUGGUACGUAAAGGGAUGAUAUUGUGCCCGACCAACACUCUAAAACUGAACAACUGUUUCAAAGCGACCGUUUACCUUCUAACGCGGUCCGAGGGCGGACGGUCAAAACCAAUCACGUCAAAUUAUCAGCAACAAUUGUUCAGCCAUACGUGGAACAUUGUUUGCAGGUUAACUACAUAUUUUAUAUUAAUUGUUUAACUGUAUAUUAGUAUACAGAUUAUGUUCUUAAUGCACAUAAUUUUUUUUUUUAGAAUUGAUAUCGAUACAGAGGCAUCCAUGAUAAUGCCUGGUGAACACGGCGAUAUCCAAAUUACUCUGCUGAACAAAAUGAUUAUGUCCAUCGGACAACCAUUUACAAUACGUGAAAACGGGAAAACAGUGGCCACCGGUCUUAUUACUGAUAUUUUGCCGAACAUUAAUGUACCUAAAAAUAAUUUAAGUAAAAUAGAAAUUUCCAAAAUUAAUCAAUAAUAAGUGUUAAAAAACUGUGCGCGUAUUUUUGUUUGUUAAUAUGUUAUUAAUAUAUUUUGAUUUUUGUUUUUAAAUUUUAUGUUUUCAUAAAUAAAAUUAAAAAUUACUAUUGCCAAUGAAAAUAUACUCCAUAAAGAUGUUAACAUUAUUAUUGUCAAUUAGAUAUUAAUAAAUUAAUAACGCAUAAGAAGUUAGAUUCAUACAAUUUAAUAGUCCGCUCGUAUUGUAGAUAAUUAGAUACUAUAAUGUAAUGGGUUAUAUUUUGUUUAAAAUUUAAAAUUAUAUAUUUAUAUAUAUACAUAUUUUUUUUUUUUUAUUUCAUUCUAUAAUGUCGAAAAACAAAUAUAUAGAAAAUUGUAAUUUUAAAAUUAAAAUUAUAACCGGGAGGGCCAGAGGAUCAGACACUGAUAUUUCAAUAAAAUGUUGUCCAAAAAAGAGGCAUCUAUUAAUAGAGAUACCUUUUAAAUACAUAUUAUUUUUCAGUACCCCUUUCAGAAAAAUAUUGAAAAUCUGCGACUGAUAGUAAUGUAUUUAAAC